AUGAACAUCAAAGUGCUUUUCGGCAUCAUAUUUCCAAUAUUUGCGCUUACCAAGAUCACUAAAUCCAACUUUGUUCCCCAAACUUAUUGUGAGAAUGAAAUUGAAGCAUUCAAUUCAUUUGAUGAUCUUGAAUUUGAGCCAUGGAGAAUUAAAAAAGGCUUCAUAAGCUUUGUUGGACAUCCAAAUGUUGAAGAAUUGUUGUAUGAAAUUAAAAAUGUCAUCAAAUGUAAUUAUCGAAUCAUUGAAGUCCUCAAAAACCUUGGAAUAGUGAUUCAUACAGAACUUUUUGAUGAUUAUGGAUAUAAAGAUGAAGACAACGGCUACUGCGAUCCAGUUUUUGUGCCUUUCAAGAUCAAAUAUUUAAAUGACACUGAAAUGCCUGAAAAUGAGUUUAUGUCAACAAAUCAUAGUGUUGUUUACAACAUCGAGUACGGGAAGUUUGUUGUAAUUUUUACAUGUUAUUCAAAUCCAGAAACAACUUAUUAUUAUACUGGAGCAAUGAUAUUGAUUGAUGAGAACAUAGACGUUGAUUUUGUAAGGGUAAAGUUGUUAAAGAAAUUACCAUUUAGACUCAACUUUUAUUGGAGUUUCAAGUACAUUAUAGAAGGACAGUGUCUAUGUGAAUAUUGAAUUGAUCAAAGAUGUUCUGGACUCUGCUUACUGUUUGAAAAGAUUAUUCCAGAGCUCGAAAUCAACUCGAAAAAAAUCAAGUUGACUUGAGAAAAGUUUAGUCGACUCGGUUUUGAGUCGAAUCGAGUCAACUCGAGUUGACACGAACUCUAUCGACUUCGAGCUCUGCUUUAUUCUAAAUUUCAAAUGUAUCAAUUUUUGCAAGGCGUAGAAACUCAGUAUUAAACCCGGAAAAUCCCCAAAAAUUCUAAAAAAAUCCCUGAGCCAACAAACAUGAAAAUGUGAAAUCCCGAAAUUAUUCAUCAAGUGCGUCCAGGAUUUCACAUGUUUAUUGGCUCAGGGAUUUUUU